GUGGCUCUCUGGAGAGGCUGGGAUAGUGCUGGAGGGUGCGGAGGUGUUGGCUGGAUUUCCAGCUGUAGCAACUGUGGCGUGCUGCUUGGCUUGAUGGUGCAAACCAAAGUUACGCCAAAGAACUCGAGUACACGUUUGAGUUUUUCCAGAGGAUACUGUUGGAGCUAGACAGCUGCAAACUUUCUCCAAAGGAGCAGCGGGCAGCUGCAGCGCCGGGGACCAACUCCAGUUCUUCUUUCCAUCGCCUUGCUCAGGGGCACAGGCAGGAGUGUCAACCCUAACAGGCACGUCUUGUUGAUGCUGGGAUGAAACCAGAGCACCCGGAGGAAACCCACACGGACGCGGGGAGAACAGGCAAACUCCACAAAGAAAGGACCUGGAACGGCCUGGGGUUCGAACCCAGGACCUUCUCGCUGCUUCACCCCCACCCCCGGUCUUUCAGCGAGCAUCCCCCGCGACCCUGGGAGCAGGAUAAGCGGUUGGAUAACGAAUGGAUGGAUGGAUGGAUAAUACCUAUUGACUCCUCCAGACCCCAGUUUGGCCUUGCUCCUGCCAUCGAGUGUGCCUGGUGUCUGCACCGCCUUACAUGCAGGAACCAUGUCACUGGAGGCCCUUGUCCCAGUAAGGCAAAUAUUAAAGGGAAGACUGUGGUCAUAACGGGUGCAAACACAGGCAUCGGGAAAGAGACGGCUCGGGAGCUGGCAAAGAGAGGGGGUCGGGUCAUUAUGGGAUGUCGGGAUAUGGGGAAGUGUGAGGAAGCUGCCAAGGAGAUCCGUGGGAAGACCUUGAACCCGCACGUGUACGCGUGUCACCUCGACCUCGCCUCCAUGAAAUCCAUCCGAGAGUUUGCGGAGCAAGUGAAGCAAAAGGAGCAGCGUGUGGACAUACUGAUAAACAAUGCAGGGGUGAUGAGAUGCCCGGCGUGGAAGACGGAGGACGGCUUCGACAUGCAGUUUGGAGUCAAUCACUUAGGUCACUUCCUGUUGACGAACCUGCUGUUGGAGAAGCUGAGAGACUCCGCACCCAGCAGGGUGAUCAACAUGGCCUCGCUUGCUCACGUUGUCGGGCAGAUCGACUUCGACGACCUCAACUGGGAGAAGAGGAAGUUUAACACCAAGCAGGCGUACUGCCAAAGCAAGCUGGCCAACGUUAUGUUCACCCGAGAGCUGGCCAGACGCUUAGAAGGCACCGGAGUGACAGUAAACGCCGUGCACCCCGGAGUCGUUGCCACGGAGCUCGGGAGGCACACCGGCCUCCACCAAUCCCAGUUUUCGACCUCAGUACUCAGUCCUUUUUUCUCCCUGCUGGUGAAGGGCCCCGAGCUGGGGGCCCAGCCCAGUGUCUACCUGGCCGUGGCUGAGGAGCUGGAGGGGACGACGGGCCGCUACUACGACGUGAUGACGGAGAAGGAGCCGGCGCCUCAGGCCCUGGACGAGGAGGCAAACCAAAGGCUGUGGGAGGCCAGCGCCCGGCUGGUGGGGCUCCAGGAGGAGGGGUCAGAACAGGCUGCCGAGGCCGCAGUGCCGCCUGGAGGCCAGAGCGAAACGCCACGGACGAACCCGGCGCAGACUGAGGGUCCGAGUCCAGAGCAGAGACCUGAAAACACUGCCGUCGAUGUCGUGGCACUGUGAAUGUUGAACUUUUAGGACGUGAAUGCUGACAUGGACGAAAGGCUCUUUUUGACCAAGUUCUCGGUUUGCCUCACAGGAGUUAAAGGGAUAGUUUGGAUGUUUUUGAGAUCUACCCCUAUUUUAUACUCACCGCUCAUGUAGUAUGUAAAGAUGGACAAUCAUCUGUUCACCUGUCCACUGUUCAUACAAAGCUAACAUGAUGCUACAGCAGUUUAUCAUAGUGAAUUUGAAUGGCCAGUUUAAAAAUGUACAUGUGUAUUUAUUGUUAAAUUCCCUCCUCGUGUUACUUUGCUGAGGCAUAGCAGAGUGACUCCUGCUGGUCAUGACUCGCAGGAUUAGCUGGGGGAAGUAACACGGUAGGAAAUGACCGAAACACACUGACAGAAAUGAAUGUAAAUUCGUCCCAUUCACUGUGAUAGACUGCUGUGGCAUGGCGUUAGCGUUAGCUGAAGCGUGGGGUACAUUGUUUUGUUUUUGCACCGAACAAAGAUUGUGGCUUCAUCCCCCAUUGAUUGCAGUGAACCAUGGAUGACGAGCUGGAGCUGCAUGUUCAGUGUGAAGAGGAGGACGGGUGACUGUGAAAAAGAAACCUGCCCGUGUACCUCACGAGCAAUGUGUAUAGAUUAGAGACAGACUUCAUAAAUCCAAACUCUUCCUUUAACGUCAGUUCUGUUAGUCUCUUUGUUCCUGCAUCAGGAUGCUUUGUUCAAGGUGCGGCGUGAGACACACCUCCCCUAUUACCUCCGUCUGGUAAACUGAAUCUGUGAGGAUGAAUUUUGCUCGCCAUAAAUUUCCUUUAAACAGCCGUCAGUCGUACUCCUUUGAUGGUUAAAAUUAAAUGGAUUUAUCUCGGUAGGGGUCUAUUCCGGUGCCUACCAACACGGGGAUCACCGGUUUGAAUCCCUGUGUUGCCUCCGGCUUGGUCGGGCGUCCCUACAGACACAAUUGGCUGUGUCUGCAGGUGGGAAGCCGGAUGUGGGUAUGUGUUCUGGUCGCUGCACUAGCGCCCCCUCUGGUCGGUGAGGGCGCCUGUCUGGGGGGUAGAAUAGCGUGAUCCUCCCACGCGCUACGUCCCCCCCCCCCCGGCGAAACUCCUCGCUGUCAGGUGAAAAGAAGCGGCUGGCGACUCCGCAUGUAUGGGAGGAGGCCUGUGGUAGUCUG